CGCAGGCGUGGUGAGGUCGGCACAGGCGGUGCUGUCCCCGCCCCCUGAGCCGGAGUUGGGCCCUGCUGGGUUGAUAUUGCUGCUGUGGUCGUUCAGCCUCCCUGUCCCCGGCUCCUGACUGGUUGCUGAGUUGAGGCCGCUUCCCCGACGACAUGUUUUCGGCACUGAAGAAGCUCGUGGGCACGGAGCAGGCCCCCGGCAGGGAGAAGAUCAUCCCGGCCGGGCUCCAGAGCAUGAACCAGAGCCUGCAGCGGAGAUUCGCCAAGGGAGUGCAGUACAACAUGAAAAUCCUGAUUCGCGGUGAUAGAAACACAGGAAAGACAACACUAUGGCACAGACUGCAGGGCAAGAAGUUUGUGGAACAAUACAUUCCAACUCAGGAGAUCCAGGUCACCAGCAUUCAUUGGAGCUAUAAAACCACUGAUGACAUCGUGAAGGUGGAGGUGUGGGACAUAGUGGAUAAAGGUAAAAGUCGGAAAAAAGGAGAUGGCUUGAAACUGGAGAAUGAUCCACAAGAGUCGGAUGCAGAGCUGGCUUUGGAUGCAGAGUUCCUCGAUGUCUACAAGAACUGUAAUGGUGUUAUCAUGAUGUUUGACAUCACCAAACAGUGGACAUUCAGUUAUAUCAUGAAAGAACUUCCAAAGGUACCUGACCACAUUCCAGUCUGUGUGCUUGGGAAUCACCGUGACAUGGGAGAACAUCGGGUCAUCCUGCCUGAUGACGUGAGGGACUUCAUAAAGAGCACCAACAGGUUACCCAGAUCAUCUUACAUUCACUAUGCAGAAUCAUCAAUGAGGAACGGCUUUGGCCUGAAGUAUUUACACAAGUUUUUCAAUAUUCCGUUUCUCCAGCUUCAGCGAGAGACGUUAUUGAGGCAACUGGAGACUAAUCAACUUGAUAUCGAUGCCACGCUGGAGGAACUCUCUGUACAGCAUGAAACUGAGGAGCAGAAUUAUGAUCUAUUUCUUGAGCUAAUGGAUACCAAGAAUCGGGGCUUCAAUUCUCCUUUAGCGACCAAUGGUCAAAGCCCAUCAUCUGGGUCACAGUCACCUGUGGUACCCGCAAGCUCAGCUUCCACCACCAACUCCAGCCCUGGAACUCCACAACCUUCUGUGCAAGCACCUCCCACUCCAUCAGGGUCCCCUCCCCCACCAUCAGUGUCUCCCUCUGCUGAGCCAGGCUCUGCUCCUGAGAUAUCACCCACACCACUCAGCACACCCUCCCCCUCUGCCAACACCCUGGCUGCACCUAUCGCUCAGAAACGCAGCUUUAUCUCGCGACUGUUUGGCUCCUCCUCCACACCAGAGACUCCCGCUACCAAAGCCGAUGCAGCAUUCCCGGGUUCCUCUGAGGGAGAAGUGAAGACACAGAAUGUUGAUGACUUUGUCCCUGAGGAGGGAAUUGACAAGAGUUUCCUGGAAGAUACAAUUCCUCAAAAGGAAAGUGGUAGUGCAACACGGCAGGAGAGCGACAGUGAUGGCGAGAGGAGAGGAAAUCCCAUGGUAGCAGCAUUCCAGGAUGAUUUGGACCUCGAUGACCAGAUGCUGCAGAUUCCGAGUGUGAAAUCACAGGUUCCCAGUAAAGACAUAACCCUGUCCAGUGAUGAAGAUGAGAGUACAAAGGUCAUCAUUGAUCCACCAAAAUGGGCUUCCAAAAGUUUAUUAAAAUCCCAGGACAGAGCUCCAACCAAAGCCUUCGAACAGGACCCUGGCAUCAGCUCACCUGCCCCCAUCCAACCAGAACAACUCAGCAGCAGCAGAAAUCCAGCCUCCAGCCUCCCUGGUAACAACUCCCUGACCUCUGGCCCAUCUCUGUCCUCCCCGCUAAUCCCAAUGCCAGCUCCACUCCACAGGACUGAAAACAAGGGCCAGAACAAACCUAAAACACGAGAAUACAAGGACUCAUCUGACAGUGAUCUCGAGGGACCAAUUGCCAAACAGUUGCUGUCUUUUGUCAUGGAUGACCCCGACUUCGAGAGUGAUGAUUCCAACAGAAAAAAUACAAUUGAGGUGUUCCCAGUUCGAGAGGACAGCUCAGAACUCUCCAAUGAUAACCUCAGUGUAACAAAGCUCAGCGUGUUGGUGAAACCGCAGGCUCGAGCCAUGAAGCCAACCACUGACCUCGACUUGUUUGGUUUGGGCAUUGAUAAUAAAAGCCCUGCAGCCCCAGAAAGCAGCGAUGAAGAGAAAACGAGUAAGGGCUCCUCUAAAGAGAAGAAGAAAAAGAAGAAAAAAGUGCGAGAGGAGGAUGAGAAAUUGGAAAAAAAGAGGCACAAGCCAAGGAAAAGUAAGGAGAAGGAGAAAGAAGCAACUGACGAGCGGCAGAAAAAGGAGAAGCAAAUGACGUCUGAGGAGAAAAGGAGGAGGAAGAAAGUGAAGACCAAGGAAAAAGCUGAUGAGGACACCGAGGAUUUGGAGAAGUUUCUGAUUGGCAGCGGUGAUAGUCAUGUUGUGAGGAGCAAGGGUAGUGGAGACUAUGAGGAGCUAUAGACUCAGCUUGAAUUCUGUUGUAUUGUCUUCAUGUUUCCACACUUUAAAAAUCCCUCUUUAAUAUUGGCACAAAGCAUGUGCCUGAGCUUUGUGAAAGAAGCUGUUCGUGCCGAGCUCAGGUUAUUUCCACUCAACUCCCAUCACAGGCCGAUUUUGUAAGUUUCUAACUAUUUAUAGGGUGGAUUGUGUUGAAGGUGUACUGCUGUGGAUUAGGGCCUCUGCUCAGCACACGGUGUCUGGUUUCAGCUGGCUUUGAUCGAGUGAUCAGUGCUUCAUCAGCUAAAUGAGCCCUUGUGGUAACUUCGUUCUAACCUUAUUCCAGUGUGUUGAAGUAAAUGGGCUCUUCAAAAUGAUACAGAAAAUUUUAGCUUUUAGCAGAGUUUAUCUACAGAAUCCAUUGCGUUUGAAUCAAAUCUGGUUUCAGGAUCUCUGAGCAGGUACAAACUGCCAGCCUUUCUGAAACCCAGCACUCCACUGUGUGCCAGCUUGUACCAAGGUAAGAAUGGCUCAGUGAACAUACCUUCAACCAAGGUGCUCUGCCAGUACCUCCCCCACCAGCCCCACCUCCGAUCUUUCGCUGGGUGACAAACUCACAGGCACUCCCAUUUUGGAUGUCUGUAAUUUAAGGAUCGUUUACCUCCCCUAACCCAUUUCCAAAAUUAAUCUUCUCCCUCUCUUUGUAAUGCCCCAAUCCGUAAACCACCUCAGCAAGGGUUUCACAGUUCUACCCCCUGCAUUUCCACACCCUCCACGCCCGAUGUCAAGCUGCUGGAAGCCACACUGUGGUGUUCAUUGACAUUCUCUACCCCACAACCACAUUGGCAUGUUGGGAAUGAGUGGAGUCCCAUAGCUUGCUGAUUGGUGAGCCCUGUCUCACAAGUUAUCCCAGUCUAUGGACCCACAUUUCAUUUCCAUCCUUACAGUUAGAGUCAAAGCAUUGGCUCAGUAUGACUUGGAAUUGACUGAAAUGAUUGAACAAGUGUAAUCAAGGCAGCCUGUAGCUUCAAAUAAAACUCUAAUGUUUAGUGUCAAAUUUUUGGGCGUAGAGCUUUUAAUGGCUAAUGAAAUAACCUACCAGAGUAUUAACCAAUUAACUCUGGUCCUGUGCGUUUUCCAGUUACAUGUGUGUGGUGACAUUGUUAGACGACUAGUCAAAGCUUGGUUAUUUCAAAGCUUGGCAGGUGACAUGAAAGUCUUGGCUGAAUGGGUGGCACAAACCCAAGAGCCAGGAGUCUGAACCAAAUCAGUAGAAGUUGCUCCAGUCUGACUUGGGAAUUGGACCCAAAGGCAUCAAGGGCAGCUAAUGUGAAGCAAGUGCUGAGCCUGGAGCAGGUGCAGUUACAGGUUUAAAAUACCCAUGCACCGUGCUAUUCCGCAGUUGUGGGAUUUUCCUCUUGAAGCGUUCUGUACACCACAAACUAUGCUAUCCCAGAGCUGUCAGUAAGUGGGACAAUGUCCAUUCCAGCAAUCUACUUCUGAUAUAAGAUUCAAUUUUCACUCAUGCCCAAUUAGGUUUUGGCCAAUCACGUGGCAGGUUACAGUGCACUAGCAGGCGAUUCCUGUAACUCUUCUGAGACACGAGAGUCUCACUGCAGCCUGCAAUUGAGAACUCUUUCAUUGCAAAAUACGCUGGUGUAGUUGCCCAUGGCGGCCCUCGUUCCCCCUCUCCCGCUGCGGUCCGCGUUCCCCCUCUCCUGCGGCGGCCCACGUUCCCCCUCUCCUGCUGCGGUCCGCAUUCCCUCUUAUGCAUUUAUUUCCCUCACUUACUGCAUUAACUGUACAUCUGGGGCGGCUGCUCUAUUGGGCAUCCUGAGAGCAGGAGGUGGGUCAGAUGUCAAAAAGCAACUUCAAGCUAAAUUAGGACUGAACUUGAGUUCACUGACUCAUUCCUCAGGGUAAUGCCUUGACCAAUCAGAGUCAAGCUGCCUGGUUUAAAUUUCAAACAAGGCUUGGCAGUUAACUGUCAGUCACCAUCAAUGGUGCAUUCUCCAAGGCAACACCAUUGCCAAUCAAUCAGCAAUCUUCACAUACAGUUGAAAUUGUUGUUUUCCCCUUAUAUUGGUAUUCUUGCGCGUGUCCUGAUGAGUGCAAGAUGAAAAGCUUUGACAUCUCUUUUUUCAGCAAUAGUUAAAUUAGGACUGUUGCUUGAGAGUUUGCCUGCAGCUCAAACAGUUUCAGCAGUGACAGUCCCGUUUGUCAAUCCAUCGUGUCUUUUGGAACUUGACCGAGAGAACAUUUCCCUAUUUAGGCUGGUGAAGUUUCUUAAACAGGAAUUACUCUGAUGAAGCUCAAUAUUAUUGUACAUCGAGAUUCUGGAAAAAGUAAUGGUGUUCUUGCAAUUUCUAAGUUCUGAUCAUCCUUGGGGUUGAGUCCCAGGUGUGGAAGGUUUCAAUAAGUUGUCAGUGUUUUCUCUAUGUUACCUCAUCCCAUGCUACAAGGAUCUAUACCUAUCAAAGCUUGACACCUCAAACAAUAUUAACCCUUUUACAUUGCUCCAAGUUGGCAGCCUUCAAGUGGUGCCAGUGUGCUGGUGUGUCAGGGAGGCUGGGUUACACAUUUGUGUUGCCACUUCUUUUAUUGGGUCACUUCCCAGGCAGUCACAGUCCACGGGGCACUGGAUCCCAAGUAGCAGCUGAGACACAAUCUUAGUCCCUCCUCUCCCAGUACGAGAUAUCUAAACAGCUACUUCUAAUUUCCCUGCUCAUAUUGAUCUGAACACUGAAGCCUAAGAUAUUGGAGUUUUCGUUGCUGAUUUCUAACAUCUCAGUUCUUAAUACAUCAUCUAUGCUCUGGCUUGGUUUGGCAAUCCAUGUUUUACCUGAUUUGCUACUGAGGCUUUAUUAAGGGAGUGAGGAGAGGAAAGGGACCUAGCUUUGGACUCCUGUUUUGAGAGUCUAGGCUCAAAUCGCAACUCUCGCCAAGCAACCUCCAUUCUGCUGGCUGAUGUGUAAGGUGCAAGGAGAAAAUGUGACCCAUUCCAGUCAGUUUGCACUGGGAUUCCCGUGGCAGUCUGCUGAAUGAGGAGGAGGAGGAGAGAAGGUCAUGAAAAGGUGGAUCCCAGAUAUUGGAUCAUACUCUCAUUGAAAUACAGCUUGCCCAGGAGGAUGUGUGCUGACGUCUCACUACCACUGAGCAUCUCGGCACAUCACACUCCCAUAUGGGAUGUGAUAGGGAGGGUUUCUGCUGUAGUGUGCUAAAUGCUGCCUGUAACAUUGCUUUAAGGUUUUUAGUUUGAGGUUAGAGAGAGGGUUCUUUGAAAAACCUAUCCAAUUUGGCCCACUGCCCUGCUCUUUCCCCAUAGCACAAUCUUAAAACGAGAGCUGGGAUAUUCAGGGAAAAUGUUGAAGUACGUCUUCACACUAAGGCUAUUGGAAAUCUGAAACCUACUGUCCGAAAAAGCUGUGGAUUCUGGGAGCCAAUUGGAGCUUUCAAGACAGAUUGAUAGACUUAUGUUGGAUAAGAGUAUCAAGGAAAAUGGAGCAGAGUUGGGUAAAUGGCAUUAAUAUACAGAUCAGCUAUAAUCUGAUUGAAUGGCAAAGCAGGGUUAAGGGGACGAAUGGCCUCUUCCUGUUCCUAAAGUUUGGAGAAUCUGUAUUAAAUAGUCCUGGAUUAUAUGGCAGUUUCAAAACAUGGACAGAUUGUAUUGGUUGCUUAUUUACUGACAUGAAUGGCACUGGGGAGGCUUGAGUUCUGCCUAACUCAAAGGGGUGUUAAGGAUCGAAUCCCCUCUAUCUGGCUGAUAUUUUUGGGAAGGUGGCCAGGGACAGGAGGGCUGUGUAUGGCUCAAACCCUCCCCUUGCACUCUGUAUGUAAACUUAUCUUCAACUAUGUUUGUUCAUUAAAGGCAAAAAUAUUAUUUUCUUCCUUAA